AUGCUGCACGAUGCAGCACUUGGCUUGGACUACCUUCAUAAAAAAGGGCUCGUCCACGGUCACUUGAAGCUGAGCAACAUUCUCGUUGGAGCUGAUGGACAGGCGAAGCUCGCGGAUUUCGGGCUGGACGCCGUGCGCAGAUGCUCCACUUUCUCCAAGAAGCUUCCAGAUGCAGCUAAAGAGGACGAUUUACGAUGGCGCACCGCAGAAUGUUUGGAGAAUUGUGAGAUACGGACUUGGUGCAAGCGGCAGCACUCGGUGAGAGUCAGGGCAGAAAUCCAGUAG